GAACCGUUUCUUGCCCCUUCAAUCCGAGGAGCAGGACCGGGCAUGCCAUUCUCGAUUGCCCGAGGCGACAGGACAGGCGACGACUGAAAAUAUUUUGAUAGCGGGAGGGAAGAGCCUUCUGCUCCGUGUUCCCAUUGUCUGCAGAGCAGGCGAGCCCCAAGGUGAGUGGCGCAUGCCAACCAAGCAAAUCCAUUAAAUACCCGUAUGGGAACAAAAACCGAAUUUCGUGGGAUUUUGGUGCCCUCGCUGCGUCAUCUGCUGCCACUCUCCAUCCUGACCCCACUGCCACCACAAUUGGUGCCGGCGUUAGGCUUCCUUUGAGAGGAACGUCAGCGGACGCAUGCGCUGCGACAUGGGUUUCUGUCUUUUCUGCCGUGUUUUACCCUCGCAUGUACACUGAGGAGCCAAAAAGCGGGAGAGAGAAAGAGAGGCCAAAAAAGGACGUGAACAGAUCGGCCUGAGUCCUGUCUAAUUCCGCCAAUCGACAAUAACAGGUGGACCGACGCCUCGACGGAAGACCCAUCUAAUCCUCGUUGACAGCCCCGCGCUCGUCCGUCGGCGUCCUCUGGACUCGCAACACAGCAGCCCGGCAUUAUAAUCAACGGCGAGUCCGGCAAAAUGGCUCCCAAAAAGAAGGGAAACAAGAAGGGCGACGAUGAUUGGGAGGCCGAACUGGGCGAGCAGGCCGCGCCCACCAACGGGGCCGCCGCAGACGCCCCUGCCGCCGAUGCGCCCGCCGAGGAGGAGGAGGAGGAGGCGGGCGGCGGCGGCCUGAUGUCCCUGAUGCGCAAGAACAAGGAGAAGCGCAAGAAAAAGGGCUUGACCGAGGACUUUGUUCAGGGAGAGGACCCCGCCGCCCCCGCCGAGGCCAACGCCGAGGACGAGUUUGCCCUGCCUGAGAAGAAGGGCAAGGGCAAGGCCGCGGCCAAAGCUGCUGCCAAUGAUGAUGCGGCCGAGGAGGACACCGGAAGGGUGAAGACAAAGGCCGAGAAGGAGAGGGAAAAGAAGGAGCGUGAAAAGCAGCGUAAAAAGGAGCAGGCCGCAAAGAAGAAGACCACCGGGCCUACCAAGGAGGAGCCUGAGAAACCCGCCGCGGCAGCCAAGGAACAGGAAGCACCCGCCGCCGCCGCCGCCGCUACCGCCGCCCCUGCUGCCGGUGGCAAAAAGAAGAAGGUCCCCGCUCACCUGGCGGCGAUUCAAAGGCAGCAAGAGGAGCUGAGGAGGCAGCAGGAAGAGGACGCGAGACUCGAGGCGGAGGAGAAGGCUCGGAUCGAGGAGGAGGAGCGCAAAGCCGAGGAGGAGGCCAGGCGCAAGGAGGAGCUGAAGGCACUCAAGAAGCAGAAGGAGAAGGAGAAGCAAGAGGAGCUCAAGAAGGCAGGCAAGUUCCUCACCAAGGCUCAGAAGGAGGCGAAGGCACACAGGGAGGCGAAGCUGCAGCAGAUGAUUGCUGCCGGCGUCAAGAUCGGUGCUCUUGACGAGGACAAGACGGAGGGUAGGGAGAAGAAGAAGUCCGAGGCCAAGAAGCGCGGCGGCCGCAAGAACGACAAGUUGGACGAGGAAAAGGCACUCGCCGAGGCCGCUGAGCGUGCAAGGCUACAAGCUGAAGCUGCGGCCAAGGAAGCCGAGGAGAAGGCCAGGCUUGCCAAGGAGCAGGCGGAAAAGGAGGCGGCCGAGAGGAAGGCGGCCGGAAAGGCCGAAAGCGACGUUGACGAGGACUGGGAGGUGGCGGCGGUAGAAUCCGACGAUGACGUCAAGGAGGACUGGGACGCGGACUCUGAUGAGGAGGCGGCCAAGAAGGAGGCGAAGAAGGCUGAGGCUAAGGCGGCGGCAGAAGCAGCAGCUGCUGCUGAGGAGGCCGGGUCGGAAGCUGACUCUGAGGAAGACUCGGAAGACGAAUCGGACUCGGAGGACGAGGCCAUGACGGCCGAGGCGCAGCGCAAGAGGGAGGCAGCAGAGAGGAGGGAGAAGGCACACCAGGCAGCUCUGGCGGCGCGGUCCAAGGACAACCUGCGGUCGCCCAUCUGCUGUAUCCUGGGCCACGUCGACACGGGCAAGACCAAGCUGCUGGACAAGAUCCGGCAGACCAACGUGCAGGAGGGCGAGGCGGGCGGCAUCACGCAGCAGAUCGGCGCGACGUACUUCCCCGCCGAUGCGAUCCGCACCAAGACGGCCGUGGUCAACAAGGACGGCUCGUUUGAGCUCAAGGUGCCGGGUCUGCUGAUCAUCGACACACCGGGCCACGAGUCCUUCUCGAACCUGCGGUCGCGCGGCUCGUCGCUGUGCAACAUCGCCAUCCUGGUCGUUGACAUCAUGCACGGGCUGGAGCCGCAGACGCUCGAGUCGAUGCGCAUGCUGCGCGACCGCAAGACGCCCUUCAUCGUUGCCCUCAACAAGAUCGACCGUCUGUUCGGCUGGAAGAAGAUCGACAACAACGGCUUCCAGGACUCGCUGGCCCUGCAGCCCAAGGCGGUCCAGAACGAGUUCCGCAACCGGCUCGACCAGACCAAGCUGGCCUUUGCCGAGCAGGGCUUCAACGCCGAGCUCUUCUACGAGAACAAGUCCAUGGCCCGCAACGUCUCGCUCAUCCCGACCUCGGCCCACACGGGCGAGGGUGUCCCGGACAUGCUCAAGCUCAUCUCCCAGCUCACGCAGGAGCGCAUGGUGGGCUCGCUGAUGUAUCUGUCCGAGGUCCAGGCCACCGUGCUCGAGGUCAAGGCCAUCGAGGGCUUCGGCAUGACCAUCGACGUGAUUCUGUCCAACGGUAUCCUGCGUGAGGGCGACCGCAUCGUGCUCUGCGGUACCGAGGGUGUCAUCAAGACCAACAUCCGCGCUCUGCUAACCCCUGCCCCGCUCAGGGAACUGCGUCUCAAGUCGGCCUACGUGCACAACAAGGAGGUCAAGGCGGCACUAGGUGUCAAGAUCAGCGCCCCCGGUCUCGAAGGCGCCAUUGCCGGCUCCCGCCUGCUCGUCGUCGGGCCCGAUGACGACGAGUCGGAUCUGGAGGAGGAGGUCGAGGGCGACCUGGCCACCCUCUUCAGCCGCGUCACAAAGACGGGCCGUGGCGUCAGCGUGCAGGCCUCGACCCUGGGUUCGCUCGAGGCGCUGCUGGACUUCCUAAAAGACUGCAAGAUCCCCGUGGCCAACGUCGGUAUCGGCCCGGUCUACAAGCGCGAUGUGAUGCAGUGCGGCGUCAUGCUCGAGAAGGCGCCCGACCAUGCCGUCAUGCUGUGCUUCGACGUCAAGGUGGACAAGGAGGCGGCCGCCUACGCCGAGGCCGAGGGCAUCAAGAUCUUCACGGCCGACAUCAUCUACCACCUCUUCGACGCCUUCACCAAGCACCAGGCCGAGCAGCUCGAGAAGAAGCGGGAGGAGGCCAAGCUGCUCGCCGUCUUCCCCUGCGUGCUCAACACUGUUCAGAUGUUCCACAACACGUCGCCCAUUGUUAUUGGCAUCGACGUCGUCGAGGGCCAGCUCAAGCUCAACACGCCUAUCGCGGCCGUCAAGAACAACCCCGUCACGGGAGUCAAGGAGAUCAUUAAGCUGGGAAGAGUCACAUCGAUCGAGCGUGAUCAUAAGGCCCUCACGGUCUGCAAAAAGGGCCAGCCAUCAGUGGCGAUCAAAAUCGAGAUGGGCAGCCACCAGCCCAUGUACGGGCGUCAGCUUGAGGUGCAGGACGUGCUCUUCAGCCACAUCUCUCGCGAAAGCAUCGACUGCCUCAAGGAGUUCUACCGCAGCGAGGUCACGACGGACGAGUGGCUUUUGAUCAAGAAGCUGAAGCCAACGUUCGAUAUCCCGUAAGCGGGUUCCGUUCAUGUCGGCCACGCAGGGUGGUUGGGUGGGCUUGGGAGGAGCGCGAGACUGUGAAGCCAAGAGGGGCGCGUGUCCCCAGUAGCGUUCGUCGGGUGGGGGGAUACAUUUAGACCAAAAGGGAAAAAAAAAUUGCUGCGUUGGGGCAUUCAGAGAUGCUUUUGUUCUGCCUCGACUACUGUCGCUCCGACUUUUGUCGCCUUUGCUCGAUCCGACGGGUUCCGGUGGGAUUGGGUUGUUCAGUGCUAUUCUCGGCCCCUCCAAGCAGCGGGUACCUAGGCUAGGUUUUGAUAAACAAAAAGCGUAUCUCUUUUACUCUCGUCAGCCUGAUCACUACUCUACAUUUUAAAAGAUACCAGUCGCGUGUUGACGAGACUCGUGUAUCGCUCAGCAUAGGAAGCCUUUGCGUUUUUCUGGCAUGAUGGAGGGACUGUAUAAAGACAGAAUGUCCAAUCUAGACCAACAAGAAAGGCCAACCCAAAGCACAUUAUCAACGCACAAAGCUCGAGACAUAGGUACACACGGCACAGGAUAUUGAAAACAAACAAUUCCCAUUCUAACGUGGUGAAAUGUAAUACCAAACAUGCGGUCUAAUCUGGCCCAC